AUGGGUUCCGGGCGAUCGAAGGGGAAAGGAAAGAGCAAACUAACUAAGCAGAAAUUUCGGUCUGUUAACAAUAGCGUAUUUGACGGAGAUGCAGAAGAAUUUGUUGGACACCUCUUUCGAUCGUAUGAUUCCAACCAAGAUGGAUCUGUCGAUUUUAAAGUGUCCGGAAGUGAGAAGCCGGAAACCAAACUGAAAUGGACCUUCAAUAUGUACGAUCAAGACGGGAACGGCUCCAUCAGCCGAGAGGAGAUGUCCAAUAUGCUCAAGCGUAACCCGGAAGACGAACCCGCAUUUGAGGAGUCGGUCACACAACUAGACGCUAUUUACGAUUCCAAUGAUACCAUGUGUACACAGGGUCAGGCAGGCCUUAGUGAGCGUGCGAAGGCGUACGCCGCUUCAUAG